CAGCAAACAUUACAAUGUCUCGUGGAUGGAGGAAAGCAGCUGAGCACGUGCCUGUCUCCCUUCAGCAUAGACCGUUUCAGCUGGUGCAGCAUAUGAAGGAUGUUGAGACUAAAGCGUUAUCAAUCACAGCUGAUUAUAUCACGCGUCUGGACGAGAUUUCAUUCAUUGUCAGAUCAGGUGCGAAAGUAUACCCGAUUUGUCUUGGAACGGAAGCGACAAUGCCAUCAUGUGAGUGCAGACCCUAUGGAAGACCCAUAUGCCCUGUAAGCAUUUUGCAGCAAUAUUUCGUCAUUUUGAUGACGUGUCGUUUUCUUCGCUGUGCAAUAUCUACACUGCAAACCCUAUUUUCAACCUGGACGGUGACCUCUUCAACAAAUCUGAUAACACUCUUCCGUGUUUCCUAAAUGAAGAUAACUCCAUGGAAGCAGUAGGAGAGGUAGAACAAACAUGAGGAUAAGCUACACUUCGAACAUCCAUCCUCUUCGCUAUUAACAGGAAUAGAGGCAAGUUCAAAAAAAGUUCGAGAACUGCUAAGCAAAAUUCACAAUCUCGGUUUCCUGAUCCAGUCAAAAGAAUGUCUUGAGGGUGUAAGGGAAAAAUUGAGUAGCGUAGUGGAACAGAUGACAGAAGCAUAUCCAAAGAGUGGUGGACUUUUGUUGGAGAAGACUGAAAUUAAUAGGACUGGUAUGACUGAACUUCCGAAGCGCAAAAGACGCAAACAGGGUGUCACCAAGACAGAAACGUCGUUUGUCGAUGAUGAAAGUUUUAAGGAGAACCCGUCCGAAUAUGCUAUACCAGCUAAAAAGAGAGGUAAACGAGCGAAACUGUCUUUGAGUACUAGAGGAAAGAAAAGGCCGGCGACUGAAAUCACAGAGAAUGAGUCAGGAAAAUGUGAAAGGGACAGAACAGGCAAAAAAGUGAAAUGGGAUGAUAACUUUAAGAAUGAAAACGAAUUUAACUUUGAUAUCGACUCUCAGAAAGCCAAGAACGCGGUAGAAAAAAUAUGGGCUUUGCCAGAUGGCACUGACUACAUAGCGGGAAAGGUCCAUAACGUAAACAUAGCAUACAAUUACAUUCGUUAUUGGAUAUUGGUGAAUGGCUGACAGAUCAGGUCAUAGACGGUUAUAUGGCCCAUCUAAGCCAAGCUGCGAUCGACAAGGGUCAAAUAAAGAUCAAGCAUGAACUUUGUUCAACUAUGACUAGCAACAUGAAUGAUUCCCAUAAGCCGAAAAAUAAUAACGU